AUGGCUCAUUAUGUUGUACUCAGAAUAGAACAUUUAGAAAAAAUGAUUGAAGAGUGUUUUGAAAGCAGGAGCAUGGCAAUACGGAAAAGGAAAAUGAUUGAAUGUAUUUUAUAUCACACUGAAAUACUAGAAUAUUCUGCUAGACUAAGCAACUGCUUCUUUAAUGAUAUGUUCGCUCAUUUAACUAUGACAGCCGCAAUUUGUGGCUGCUUGGAGAAAUCAUUUAUCGAUGGGGAAUCUCAAGUGUGCACCCUAGUUCACAUAUUUGGAUGGAUUUUAUCGCUAUUUUUUGCUUGUUAUGGUGGACAGCAUCUAAUGAGUGCGAGUGACUUGUUUCCCACCAAAAUUUGGAAUUCACUAUGGUACCAAGGAGAACUGAGCUUACAGAAAGAUGUCAUCUUCAUGCUGUUUAGGUCACAAAAGACUCUUUCAGUUGCCGCAGGUCCUUUUGAUGUGGUAUCCUUCUCACUUUUUGUUUCUGUGAUGAAAAUGUCGUACACCAUAAUGUGCUACUUAACAAAAGGGAAAUAGUAUAAGACUUAUUGAAAUUUUUGUUUAGCUAAUU